AUACCAUUUGCAUUAUCUUCUUGGGUUAGGUGACGAUAUUUCGCCGCCUCAUUCGCCAUUUUCUCCUAUAUAUAUCGUCUCCCUCUUCUUUGUUUCUUCGUUCAUUCUUCUUCAUCCCCCUUUCUCGUUUUUCAAAAGCUAGCUCCAAAUCCUCUCAACAUGCAGAUCUUUGUGAAAACUUUGACCGGCAAGACCAUUACUCUCGAGGUCGAGAGUUCCGACACCAUCGACAACGUCAAGGCAAAGAUUCAGGAUAAGGAAGGGAUCCCACCGGACCAGCAACGUCUGAUCUUCGCCGGAAAGCAACUCGAGGACGGCCGUACCUUGGCCGAUUACAACAUACAGAAGGAGUCAACCCUCCAUCUUGUCCUCCGUCUUCGUGGAGGGAUGCAAAUCUUCGUCAAAACACUCACCGGAAAGACCAUCACUCUUGAGGUCGAGAGCUCUGACACCAUCGACAACGUCAAGGCCAAGAUCCAGGACAAGGAGGGGAUACCACCAGACCAGCAGCGUCUGAUCUUUGCCGGCAAGCAACUCGAAGACGGCCGAACUUUGGCCGACUACAACAUCCAGAAGGAGUCCACGCUCCAUCUUGUCCUCCGUCUCCGUGGAGGCAUGCAAAUCUUUGUCAAAACACUCACCGGAAAGACAAUCACUCUCGAGGUUGAGAGUUCCGACACCAUCGACAACGUCAAGGCCAAGAUACAAGACAAGGAAGGAAUCCCACCGGACCAGCAGCGACUGAUCUUCGCCGGCAAGCAGCUUGAAGACGGCCGUACUUUGGCCGAUUACAACAUCCAGAAGGAGUCAACUCUACACCUCGUCCUCCGUCUCCGUGGAGGAAUGCAGAUUUUCGUCAAAACCCUCACCGGAAAGACCAUUACUCUUGAGGUAGAGAGCUCCGACACCAUCGACAACGUUAAGGCAAAGAUCCAGGACAAGGAGGGUAUCCCACCAGACCAGCAGCGUCUGAUUUUUGCAGGAAAGCAACUGGAGGAUGGGAGGACCCUGGCGGAUUACAACAUCCAAAAGGAGUCAACACUUCAUUUGGUGCUGCGUUUGAGGGGAGGUAUGCAGAUAUUUGUGAAGACGUUGACCGGAAAGACUAUUACGUUGGAGGUGGAGAGCUCCGAUACGAUUGAUAAUGUGAAGGCAAAGAUUCAGGACAAGGAGGGGAUUCCACCGGAUCAGCAGAGGCUUAUCUUCGCUGGAAAGCAGCUGGAGGAUGGCCGUACUCUGGCUGAUUACAACAUUCAGAAGGAGUCAACCCUUCACCUGGUGCUCCGUCUCCGCGGUGGUGAUUUCUAAGGCCGUUGUCUAGCAUGGUGGAUUGGUUGGGUCGUUUGUGUCUUGUGUGUGGUCUGUCAAGUGCGUCGUUGUUGUGAUUGAAUUGCUGAUAUGAUUGUAGUAUGCCUAAUAUGGCAAUUAGAACUUUACAUUUAAGUUAAUCUAUCAAUAAAUUUCUCUGGUUUUUAAUAUAUUCUGGGUUUCAAUGUGUUAUA